AAACAAAUCAUAGUAGGAAAAUGGGAAUGGUUCUUCCUUUUGAACCACAUUCUAUAACCUUUGAUGAAGUUACAUAUUCUCUAGACAUGCCACAGGAAAUGAGAAACCGAGGCGUUCAUGAAGAUAAGUUAGUUCUUUUGAAGGGUGUAAGUGGAGCUUUCAGACCAGGUAUUCUCACUACUCUGAUGGGCAUCACUGGUGCUGGAAAAACAACUCUGAUGGAUGUGCUUUCUGGUAGAAAAACCGGUGGAUAUAUUGGUGGGAACAUCACAAUUUCUGGCAAUCCAAAAAAGCAAGAAACCUUUGCAAGAAUUUCUGGAUACUGUGAGCAAACUGAUAUCCAUUCUCCUUAUGUUACUGUCUAUGAAUCUUUGCUCUAUUCAGGAUGGCUCCGGUUGUCCCAAGACAUCAAUGCUGAUACCAGAAAGGUUAGUAUUUUAAUCACUUGA